AUGGUGGCAGCGGCGGCAACCAAGACCAGCUCCCGGCAGCCGGCGCCGUCGCCGUCGUCCAUUAUCGAUAUCCUCUCGUCCCAGCCACAGUACUCCAAGUUUCUACGACUUAUCCAGAGGAAAGGGUUGGUCCCCGAAAUCAACUUGAUGGAGAACAUCACGUUGUUUGCUCCCGUUAACGCUGCGUUUGUCGAUGAAGGCGAAGUUGAAGAGCUUUACAAGUACAUUCUCUACCAGCGGAUGCGAGUCGGGUGGAUGCCAAAGGAACCGGUGAUUUUUGAAACCGCAUACCAAAACCCUGACGGGUCAAAUUAUACCAUCGAGAUCGUGCCUGACUUUGAGCUGAUGGAGUAUGUGGUGGACUAUGUGGCCCCCAUUGUGGAAGAGGACAUUUACGCUAAACACCAGAAACUGUUUAUCCAAGGAAUUAUGAGAUUACUCCCAGAGAAACCAACGGCGUGUCGGGUGCUUUUAAAUGAUGCCUCUGAUAGCAUCAAUGGUUCAGCGGUUAGCUUUAUUAAGCAGCUAUUCCAGUCCAUGGAACAACGCGAACCUAAUUAUUGUGCCAAGUUUUUCAAGCACCGUCGGACAGUGUUCUUACCGUCAGAUACUGCCAUCUAUGGUGGCCUCUCCCAAACAGAACGGAUAUACUAUACCGGGCUUUACCGAGCUCAGCAAGUUAAGGAGAUUGAAUUGACUGAAGAUGCUCAGGCCACCAUGGCUAAAGAUAUUGCCAAAUUUUUGGAUAGCAUUAGUCUGCUGCGAUACAUCAUUGGUCCCAAUGGUACCGACUCCAAAUUUAACGGCCACAAAGUUAAGCAUAAUGCCACACACGUCGAAAUCAAUGGUGCGGCCCUGGUGGUCAGUGUCGUUCUCGCGGAUGCGGCGGUGCACGUUUUUGAUACCCCUACUUCCAUUAAAGCACUCGAUGUCAAUGUGGCAUCGAUGACGCUUGAAAAGGUGCUCUUUUCGCUUCACUACUCGAAAUUCGUGGAAGAGCUCAAAUUCCGCAAACUUGGACACUUGCUCAAAGAAAAGAAGUCAAAUUAUCGAUUAUUUGUUGAUGUCACUGAUCGUGACGACUUUGGCGACGAUGAAAUGAUGAUUCGCAAGUUCAGCUCUAAGCAACAACUUCUUUAUCAGUUUAGUGAAAAGAAAGCCAAUCAUGGGCUUGUGGAUUCGCUCAUGUGCUCUAAUAAGCGAGUCAGUGGUUGCUUUAAGCAUAAGUUGACAACUGAUGAAGAUGGCGAUAUCAUCACGCUUAACGAUGCGAUCAACGUCAUUGAAGGACCUUUUGAUGCUGGCAAAUCAGAGAUAUACGUGGUUGAUAGCGAAGUGGUACUUCCAUCAUCGCUUAAACGAGUGAUGGGAGAAAUCAUGAGUGCCGGGCGUACUCGUGAUAUCAUCCUUGAUAAGAAAAACUGUUUGAAGACGUUGGAGUUGCUUCUAGCGCAUAAACUAUUUGACUUUGAUGACGAUGGCGGCUAUUCUGCGUUCCUUCCCUGUGCCCAAGUCGAUGCCUCGAUCUCAGCUCAAUGCAAGCCCCACACCAAUUGGAAUACUAUGGGUCUUGUGUAUGAUUUUCUUGAAGAUCACCCUCACUGGAUGAAUAGUGUGCUUCAGGGUCUCUUUGUGAAAUCGCCAAUUUACUCCGACUUCUCACCGAAAUCACCCACUAAAUUCAAGCUUUUGAAUGGCGAGCACGUGUUCGUUGAUCGUCCUCUUCAGCUGACAUCAUAUCUUACCAUUAAUGAGACCAGUGUUUUUGUACCUCCAGACUCCGAUGUAUUGUUCAACCAAGGUGUGAUCCACUUGGUGCCUGACGUCAUCCUUCCUGACCACUUGAAUAUUCCGUUGAAGCAGUUGAUCAAUACCACCAUCACCGAUGCUCAUGCUCCCAACGUCUUGGAAUUAAUCAAGUUAGUGCCCGGUCUAGAGAAGGCACUUGGUCUUCGAGGAGAGAAACCCAAGUUCUCGCUCCUUGUGCCAUCGCAAGAAAGUUUAAAAGAUUUCAACAUCACCUCCAGCUUUGAUAAGCUUACCAAUCUUUUCAACUUCCACUUGGUCCCCGAAAAUGAACUUGCCAAUCUCCUUGAUUGUGUCAGUGGCUGUCCUUAUAAUUCAUCGAAAGUGAUUGCUACUAAUCUCACUGAUGAAAAGGCUGGAUUGAUCUGUCGUCACCAGGGAUCCAAGACAUAUUUGCAAUACGUCAACACCGACAAAAUCGAAGCUGCUGGCUAUAAUAAGGACCAUCAAGUGGAAGUGGUGCUGUACGGAUGUGAACACCCUAAUCUGCCCUAUCUGGGUCCCUGCGUGUUUGUGUUGGACAAGCCGCUUAACCUCAAAUGGAUCAAUCCCGAUCUGCCGUUCCUUCAUAUCCAUUUAGGGUGGGUGCUGGUUGGUAUCGGGAUCAUUUGUGGAUUAUUGCUUGUGGCAUUAUUGGCAUUAUUGGUGACGAUAUUCGGCAUGUGCUCCAAGAAGAAGGGCGAGCGUCUGCCGCUUUUGGGUGAUGUUGAGGACCCAUUUGCUGACCGACGUCCCAGUUUCAUUAAGAUCUUACUGGAUAACGCCGACGAUCUCACGGGACUCCACGAGAGAGGCUACGAAACCGAUAUUGACAUUUUCCGCGAGGAAGAACAAAACCCACGGCGGUGGGCGUCCGCUCGUCGCAAGUACGGUGCCAUCGGGUCCAUUGAACGGCUGCCUACCGAUACCGCUGCCCGCACGGCUCCUCGACAGAUCAAGGGUCGCGACAUCACCAAGAACUGGCACACGUAUACUGGUGAAUGA